GCGAGAGUCAAGUUGUGAAAGGUGGACAAUGGAGGAGUCCUUACGAGGUUCUUAUUAGGCUUUGCUAGGUCGAUAAGUUGUUCAGUUCUUAUCUCAUUUAAUGUAUUAGUUUGCUCAAUAAACCUAGGAUAGUCAAAGAUUGUGUUCAUAUAAUAAAAAGUGAACGUUUAAUUGAAAAUUCAGCUGUAUUCUUUGUGUGAAAAUGGAUCCGGGAAUUCUUUGUUUCCACCAUUGUGAUAACAAAGUAUUUUGCACAAUAAUACCUGAAAACUGUCCGGUAUGUCAACAAAAACUGGAUAGAUAUGACUAUAACCUGCUGCCUUUCAGGGUACCUUACCCCUUCGUUAAAGCCUCGCAACAUCCCCGUGCAAUAGUAAUGAAGCCUACCCAUGGAGAUUUUCUCAACGACUACUAUAAUUCCAAAGAUUUACACAUAGGUGUGACUAACUCUCAAGGCUCUGUUGUGGAGUUUAGUGAAGAAGGGAUACAAGGUUUGGACCCAAUUACGAAGAAAUGGAGCAACUGUGAGACCAGUGCUGACUGGGACCAGUGUCUGCUCUUAGAGCAGUUUGAUGAGCUAUGGAAUGAGAUAUGGGAUAGUGUUCUGCUCAAGAUUAGUCUGAGCCCUCUGUGGGAGGCUCAUAGAUACAACGAAGAGAGACACAAUUGCUUCACUUUUGUACUUGCAUUCCUGCGAGCUCUUGACUGUGGGGAACUCUCUGAGAAGGCUCGAGACCCCAAGCUUUUCUGCAAACAAUAUGUUGUUCCAAGAACAUCAGCAGCCGGGAAGUACAUUUCACUCUACAGGCAACUUAAAAGGCAAAACUAUUUCAUACAAAACCAAUGAUAGCCUAUGUAAAUUAAUAAUUUAUUUGUUUCUAUAUAUUUAUUUACUAAUUAUUCAGUAUUAACUGUGAUGUUUUAUAUUUAGGUAUAAGACUUUUAAAUUGAAGUGCAUUUAAUUUAGACCAAAUGAGGAUUUAAUUUCUGAUUACUUUUUAUAUGUUAUCUUUGAGGUAGACAUAUUUAUUUCUGUAUUUAAUAUUGUUUUGAGGGGUUUUGGAGGGAUUUUCUCUUAUAUAAAUAUGUAUCUGUAUUUAAAAGUCUGUCUGCACACAGUAUUAAACAGACAGGCUUUAUUGAUAAUAAAUAUUAAGGGGAACUAUUGUAAUAAUAUUUACAUCACAACAGGAAAGAAACGAGUCAGUGUGGCUGUGUGUGUAAAUAUGUUUGUAUAAGUGUCUAUUACGAUGUAACAACUCACCAAUAUUGCCUUUUACACAUAACACACACAAAUUUUCUAUGACCUUGUCUUGCCAAUUUGUAACUGUUAGUGUAUAUCAUGACAGGAUAUGCAACAUAGGUAUUAAUAUAAUGACCAGUGGCAUUGCCUAUCUCUGUAGAGUAAUGAGAUGUCACAUAUCCAUUUUAAUACAUUAUUUAUCAACAAUUUAUAUCUUCCAACAUAUAGUUUACUUACUUGCAAACUUACUGUAAUGACUUAAUUUGGUGGCUGUAAUAAUGGAAUUACAUGUAACAUAGCUGUCAAUUACUGUUUUCUAUACAUUUACAUAACACUAAUUCAAUAUUAAUAGGUACUCCAUCAGAUAUCAUCUUCCAUAGUUGCUAGAAUGUAAUAUGCCAAUGUUGUAGAAUAAAUGUACUUGAGAGUCUCAGUACCUUGCACAAUUAUUAUUGUUAGCAAAGAAACUAAACUGUGUACCUUCGCGACCGUGUCACGAAUCUACUUAUAAUUUACUUGCAGUUCGAUCUCAUUUUGUGUUACUGCAGAUGAAUACUAAUUGCGCUUAUGUACUUUUUACGAAUUUAUGAAACAAUGAGAUUUUUAUACUCAUAUUUCUUUUGUGACGUACAUUUUUAUUGCAUCAGUAUUUGUUUUAUAAUUCUUCUUUCUUAAACUGCAAAUAUUUGUGUAACUGAGACUUAAGGAUGUUGUGGAAGUGAAUUUAACAAUAGAUGUUUAUCGAAGUGUGUAGUGGUCUGUAUUGGAAUUGCUUCAAUGUGAAUAGGAUUUGAGCUUUACUCCUAACAUAAGCUUGGUCAAAGACUUACAAUUAACGUUCUAGGUUGUGGCGUAAACUGAAAUUAGUAUCUACAGUCGAAGGGGAUAUUGACACCUGUGAUGUAUUAAAUAUUAUGUAUUUUUCAUAAUUUGAAAUUAUACAGGUUCGUUAUAAUUUAUUGUAUUCGAAAAGUCAUCUCCUUCCACUCCAAUGAAAUAAAACUCCACCGUACAUGAGCUAAUGAAUCUUUUGUUUUCCCAUUUUGUGACUUGUGACUACCUAAAUACGAAUCUCUUUGAGUUUUUAAAGCAAUAGUCGCUUUGUAACGAAAAUCGUAGAAUAUCGGAGUCUUGUAUUGCCUCGUGUUCGAAAGGCCUAAUUGAUACUCGAAUAUCUGUGCAUAUCUCAUACUGUCUUGUACUUUGAGCAUUUGUCAACUAAAACUGUGGAUUGUAUUUAUAAGUCUUUGAAAGCUUCAUGCAUGUAUCUACAGUGCGGUACAAAAAUUUAACUUAAUUUAAGAGAAAUUGUUGUGUUAGAAGUCUAUUUAUAUGAGUAUUUAUAUAAAUUAUUUAGUUAUAUCGUCAAAUCUUGCCAUUCAUGCAAUCGGCCUAAGACUUGGUCAAAGAGAAUAACCUCUUUUGACAAAAGAAUCGUAGUUGUUAGUUGCCAUCUAGACAACUAGCAAGUCUUCCCAUAGUAUAUUAUUUAGUGUUAACUUGACACAUGAAACAUUAAGACAUGGUCUGGACCAAAUGUGUAAAUUGCUUUAAAGGGAAUAAAAACCCUUUUAUACUUUCAUUAAAAAUGGAAUGUGGUAUGAGAAGUGCCAGUGAUAGUACUUUUAAAUGAAAUUAGUACAGUACUGUAGAUACAAGCUAUUAGUUCCUACCCUAACCUAUUUGUAUGUAUUGAGACUUGAAUUUUGUAAAGGAUCUCGAAGACAAAAAUUCUAGGUGCUAUGUUUGAAAUAAAGUAUUUGUUAAAUCUA